AUGAAAGGCCUUCUGCUGUUCACCCUAUCUGCUCUGCUCUGCUGGGUCUCAGCUGACAUUCGCUGUCACUCCUGCUACAAGGUCCCUGUGCUGGGCUGUGUGGACCGUCAGUCAUGCCGCCUGGAGCAAGGACAACAAUGCCUGACAACCCAUGUAUACCUCGGUAAGAUGUGGGUUUUCUCCAACCUGCGUUGUGGCACACCAGAACACCCUUGUCAAGAAGCUUACAACCAAACCAACAACAAGCUGGGCCUGACCUAUAACACUACCUGCUGCAACAAGGACAACUGUAAUAGCCCAGCCCCACGGCCCACUCCAGCUCUGGCCCUCAUCUUUUUCACAUCCUUGGCUGGCCUUGGCCUCUGGCUGAUGCACUGA